AUGGCCGGUGAGUUGCCGGACGAUUUCAAAUGCCCGAUUUCUUUAGAGAUAAUGACCGACCCGGUCAUCCUCUCAUCGGGUCACACCUUCGAUCGGGCCUCCAUACAGCGUUGGCUCGACGCCGGCCACCGCACCUGCCCAAUCUCCAAGCUGCCCCUGCCGGAGCCCCCAACCCUCAUCCCCAACCAUGCCCUCCGUAGCGUCAUUUCCAAUUACGCCCUUGUCUCCUUCCCCAAGCCCCAGCCCUGCCCGCCCGACCCGCAAACCCUAAUCCAGCUCCUGCUCUCCCCGUCGUCCCGUUCGGAGGACAGACUCGCCGCGCUCGACCGGCUCAGCCGGGCCUCGAAGCGCGACUCGGCGGUUCGUCGGCGGCUCGCCGAGUCUGGCGCCGCGUCGGCUGCCCUGGACUGUGUCGACUCGUCCGAUCCGGGGCUCCAGGAGAGGGCCCUCCACUUGCUUCUCAACCUGAGCCUCGACGACGACAGCAAGGUGGGUCUGGUGGCGGAGGGGGUCGUUGGGAAGGUGGUGCACGCCCUGUGGUGCGGCGGAGGGGACGCCCGCGCGGUGGCGGCCACCGUGUUGACCAGCCUCGCGGUGCUAGAAGUCAACAAGGUUACGAUCGGGUCAUACCCGGAUACUAUUCCGGGUCUGGUGUCCCUGCUUCAGAUUGGGAAUUUGAGGGAGAGAAAAGAGGCGGCCACGGCACUUUUCACGCUCUGUUCAUUCGCCGACAAUCGGGUUCGGGCUAUUCAGUGCCAGGCGGUGCCAAUUUUGAUCCAGAACGCUAAUUCGGGCCUCGAGCGGGCCGUGGAGGUUCUUGGCCUGCUGGCGAAGUGUAAACCGGCGAGAUAUGAGAUGGUGAGGUUCGAUGGGUUUUUGGAUAUCUUGAUAGGAAUUGUGAAAAACGGGACCUCGAGGGGCGUGCAAUAUGCACUGUUGACUUUAAGUUCUCUGUGCUGUUAUAGUGAAAGGAUUGGUUUGGAAGCUUUAAGGGAAGGGCUUUUUGAGACUUGUGUUGGGUUAUUGGAGGACGAUAAUGAGAAAGUGAGGAGUAAUGCGAAGACUUUGAUUCGGGUUUUGCAGGGAAGGAGAGAAAAUGUAUGA